GCGUCAAACCCUGCGCAAAAGUUGCAAAGUGCCGAGUCGAUCGUUAUUCACCUGUGUACGCCAUCUUCGCGAGGGAUAUUCUUUUGAUACGGAGUGACUGUGUGCCCGAAUACAUUGCGAAUUAAUGGUGGUCCCAGGGAGCUCGUGAGUGUGUGGAUCAAGUGUGGAUAUGACGUCCAAUAGUCAGAGAUUGCCGACUGCUGAGCGGAUCGUCAAAAGUGUUCCGUUCCCGCCGAGCCACAAGCUAACAUGUGCCGAGGUCUUCGAUCCCCGCUCGGGCAAGCCGCGGCCCGAGGUGCUCAAACAGCAUUUCAUCCUCGAGGGUCGGAUAGACGAGUCAGCCGCGCUGCGGAUCAUCAACAAUGGCGCCACGCUGCUGCGCUCCGAGAAAACCAUGAUCGAGAUCGAGGCGCCUGUCACAGUGUGCGGUGACAUCCACGGUCAGUUCUAUGACCUUAUGAAGCGGUUUUUUUCACACUUUGUUCUCAUCCUUUCCGCAGUGUGCGGUGACAUCCACG